AUGUUGUGGUUAGAUUUUGGAAAGGAAAAACCUGUAAAUCCGCAUUUGGAUCAUUAUGGAGAGGAAGCAUUCUUUAGGGGACCUGACACAAGUGACAAACCGAAGGAUCAUUUCAAAUAUUUGAAAUCAUACAAAAGUAAUGAUUUAUGGGGUGCUGGUAUUACAAUACUAUUCCUUUGUUGUGGUGCUUAUUAUGGAGAUUUUGAAUUCGGCUACCACAUUGGCAAGGAUCGCUGCUUUCAAGUUUUAAAAUCUCGAUCAGUAUCGAAUAUAGAUGCUUAUAAAUUAAUACCAAAGAUUUACUUGGAGGUGAUUGACAAGUGUUUGUCUGGUGUAUCAAACAUUAAAGAUAUCUUGUUGGAUCUUUCUGGGUUAUUAUCUUUUACCAAAGCUUUAAAGAAAGUUGACGAUAGAUAUUUGCGGUCAGCACUCAAAGUUUUGGGAAAAGGAAGUCAGGCUACUGUAUACAAGGGAUGGGGCGGACAGAAUCCAUUCAAAAGAGUCGCCAUAAAAUGUUACAUUAUGGAGUAUAUGAAACACAAAUCACUCUCCUACUUUAUGGAUAAAAAACCAUGUUACUUUCAAACUGAAAUCCAUCUCAGACAAGCAAUUAUCCAGAUACUAAAGGGUGUACAGUGUAUUCACAACAACAAUAUCAUUCACAGAGAUAUUAAACCUGGAAAUAUUCUAGUAUCAUCAGAUUAUACUUUAAAGAUUGCUGAUUUUGGAAUGAGCAAGCACGAUGAAGGAGAGAGAACAAUUUCUACCCAAGUAGGAUCACCAUUGUUCCUUGCACCCAUCUCUGAUCGGAAUAAUGGAACCACAGUUCAAACAGAUUUAUGGAGUGUUGGGAUCACCAUUCUGUGUAUGUGCCUCAACGCUUCCUACAAUUAA